CCUUUACGUCACCAGCCUGAGAGAGACAGAGUGAACAGGUUAUGAUUUACAAGUGUGAAUGAUCUUAUAUAUUAUAGGAAUAUUAUCAGCAUCACCAUGACAGUACCGAUUGAGGCCAUAUACAGUAGAAAUAGGUUUCCCAGUGGACCCAGCCUACUGUUCCUGCUCUUGUACACUCCCCUGGGCAUUGUUCUCCUCUUGCUCCGACUGUUUAUAUCUCUACAGUUAUUUUUAGCAGCAUCUGUACUCCCUCACAACACCAUCAUUAGAAGAAUUGUGUUGCGGGCGCUUUAUUCUGUUUUGGGAUUGGUUGUUCGAGAAGAAGCCCUGGAAAAUAGAGACACCUCAUGUCGUAUCAUCUCAACCAAUCACAUCACACCAUUUGACCAUCUAGCAGUGUCCAUUGUCCUGCCAUGUGUUACUCCAAGUGUAUAUGACCUUCCUGGAGCAUUGUCAACACUACUGUGCUAUCAUGACCUUGGAGUAACACAGGGUAGAGAGGUGCUCCGUUUCAAUGCCCGCACCUUUCUUAGUGAUGCAAAUAGCCCACCUUUACUUUUGCACCCAGAAGGUGCAACCACUAGUGGUACCUUGGCUCUAAUGAAAUAUGGGACUUGGGCCUUUGAACUUAAUGGGUCAGUCCUUGUAGCAGGCAUCCGUGUGUGGCGUCUUCCACUCCUUCCUGUGGCACCCUCUAUCCUGGGUGCCUCAUGGGCUGCUGACCUGUGUUUUAUGCUCUUUUCUCCCGUCACAGUAUUUACUAUUAGAUAUAUUGGGAAAAUGAAAAGAGGUGAAAGUGAAACUUCGGAGGAAUUUGCUGCUCGUGUCCAGGUGGCUACAGCAGUUGCUCUCAGUGUUAAAACUUCUAACCACACAGUAGCUGACAAGGUGGAAUACAUGAAACGCCUGGCCAGAGAGGCAGCAGCAGCAGCUAAUCCUAUGCUAAGUCCUGAGGUACACAGAAUGGCUCAGCAGGUCCAGGAAGUUCUGCCACAUAUUUCCCUUGAACAAAUUAAGAGAGAUUUAGUCCAUACUCAGAAUGUUGACCUAACCAUCACCAACUUUUUGGAGGGCAAUGUACCUGAGCCAGUGCCUGAACCACGACCCAUCACUCCAAGUCAGUCUCCUCCUGGCCCAAGUGUUCAUUCAGUUGUGACAGCAAGCAGUUCCACUCCCUUUGCCAUGCAGUCCCAUGGAGCGUCUCUUACUUCCAAUGCUUUUAAGGCAACUUCAGAAGGUGGUACUCCUCCUGGAGGAAUGUCCAAUGCCUCAGUAGCAUUAAGUACAGCAGCAAAAUCAUUUGGAAAAUCUGCAUCAGAUAGAAUGACUUCUUUCCAGACUAGAAAAGCACAGCUGAUAGAGAAUGCUAGGAGAAAGUAUAUUGAAAAGCAUGGGCUACAAAUACCUGGCUACAAUUGCUGACAAACUGUGAACUAACUAUUUUCUCCAUUGUUUAGAAUUCAGAUGUAUCAGCCAAUUUUAUGUAUAGCUGCUCUUGAAAAGGGUUUGGUUGUAUAAUAAGAUCCCUUGUUGAUAGAACUUACAUAAAGUAUGUCAUGUCCGGGGGCAGUUAAUUUUUUUUUCUCAACAUUUUCUCAGGUCCAAUUAAUACUGAAUGCACUUUUUGAGGCUACACCAAAACCCAGGGAAGGAAAUGGUAAAAAACUUAACAGUAAAGUAGAUGACCUCUUUGAUGAAUCACAAAACUUGAAAUAACGAUGAUAAGGAUUUGAAAGAGUAAAUGCAAAAUAAAACAUUAGAAAUAACUUAAUUUUAGCUAAGAUAUCUAUUUUAUAUAAAAUUUCUGAAUUUGAUGAAACUGAUAGAAGGAACAGUUUUCAGCUGCAGUAUACUUUUGUCAUGGUCUUUCCAAUUUUUUCUCACACACACACACAAACCAUAGUUGGAAAUCCAACAUUAAAGGCAGUUUCACACCAGAAGGUAUGUGAAUCACGCUACGCAUGCAAUGGUAGCUAUAUGUGCUAUGUCAUCCUCACACAAGAAGACACGAAUCUCAAACUAUGCUCUCAGUAACGUUUAGUCAGUCAAGAUGGUCAAUUGUGAUUCACAUGAGGAAAUUCUACUGCUGACACUGGAAAUGGGUACACCAAAUAAAUAUGGAAAUACAAAAGUUUGGUGAGUACCAUCAUCUAGUACAGGAGCUUCCUCACUACCCCAUUAAGUUCAACCAUCUUCAAAUAUUUCCACUACUGGUGCACAAUCGGGCAUGACGGUGUGGGAUAGCUGUGACCCUCCUCCACCUGCCACCUCAGUGUGGAAGUAAAAGGAAACCUUCUACUAUUCAUACACAACCAAAGCUAUGCUGAGAAAAAUUGCUCAUCAGGCAAUCUGAAGCUAUGUGACUCGGUCAUGUGGUACAUGGCAUACGUAGCAUAGCUUCAGGUGUGAGUCACUUAAUUAAAUAACCACAGCAGCAAUUCAAAGACAUGUAGCGCAUAUGCGUAGUAGCAUGGUCCGCGUAGCUUCUAAUGUGAGACGGCUUAAAGACAUAAAGCUUCAGUGAAAGAAUUUUAAAUAUUAAUUUGGAUGCCACAGAAAGAGUUAAUGGGAUUUUUAUAGUGAAAUGAAUAAUGCAUUUAAAAGAAUUAGGAUAUUCAAUAUGUUUUUGAGACAGGUAAAGAAAAAACUGGGAUGCAGUUUUCAUUCUGCUUUGAGACAGGAUGUUACUUCACGUAGAGUGCACCGAUAAGGUUGUGCCAAACCUACACUGUAAGUUAUUUUAUCUUAGUUGGGAGUACAGUAAAACCUCUAUUUAACGGACUAUAUGGAGAGGAAAGUCAAUUUUAUCGAGGGUCUGUUAAAUGUGAAACCCCCCCCCCCCAUUUAACAGAGUAUAUGGGGAGUGAAGUCCAUUAUAUGGAGGUUUCACUGUAUUGUACUUUGUGACAGAAAGAGAUAGAAUUAACUGGUUUAUAAAGUCUGUAAACAGGUACUUUUAUGAGUAGGAUUCACAGCAUAAGAACUAAAAAUCGCAGAUCGUGUAAUGUAUCGAGAAUGGAGACUAUGGAGAAAAAUUUUCAUUUUGUGCAAGUCUAAACUCUUUCCACAUUUUACAUUCACCCUAGGCAAUUUGAUACUUCACAUAAUGCAGGAUGAGGCCUAAAAAUUUGAUCCAAUUUUUUUUUGUUUACACAAGAUUCUUUAAUUCAUUUUUAGCCCUGCAAGUGGUGGUUGGCUGAUAGCCGAGAUAAAUGCUCAAAAUUUUGAAUCUAAACGUUAACCUGUUUGCAACUAACAGUAUUUCUGGCUUGAGCCUUUUGUGUAGAUUCAUGGAAUUCCAUGGCUCUUUUAUCGAAAAUCUUCUACAUGUGCUGUAUUGAGAGCGAGGCAAUUUUGUAAAAAAAUAAAAAUAAAAAUAAAAAUAUGGGUGCGCAAGGUCAAAGCUCUUUGAAACAAUAAAUUGUUUUAAAGAUUUUUUUUUUUUUCAAACUAGGCUUAUGUUGGGCUUUUGUACAUACAAAUGGUUUUUAGAAUGCCAAAUUAAUGUCAUUCAUUAAGCCAGUCAGUUGUUGACUUGUAAGUUUAUGCCAAAUAUACUGACAAAACACAAACAUUGCAGUAAUUAUCCACUGCAGUUACACCCUGUAAAAAAAAAUUUGCAUUUGCAUGAUAUAAUUGCAUCAUUUUAUAGCAGUAAAUGGAAGUUCACCCUGUCUUUGGUAUAUAUUAAUCAGAUAAUGUAUAAACAAAAUACAGUACAAAAAUUUAUUACAAAUUUGGGCAGGAAAUAUGAUGAUUUCAAAACACUUAGCUUGCAAUUUAUAGGUGCAAAAUAUUUGCAGCUCAAAAAAGUACUUAACAAAUAAAACAAUUUCAAUAGCUUGAUAUUAGCUUUGUCAGUGAUAUUUUUAAAGUGGUUCUUAGUCACUUUAUGUAAUUCUGUCUAACUUUAUGAAAACACAGAAAAAAACUUUUACUGUUAAACUAGUCAUGAAAUAAUUUUUGAGAAUAUAAUGUAAUCAUAACUCAUAAUGCAUGACAGUGAUGGGUUGAAGGAGUUAGUAUUGAGAUCAGAUGACUCCCUUCUUUAAUAAAAGUUCAAAAAGUCGUUGAAAAAAGUACACAGCUCCCCUCCAGUCAGAGUCUGUCAGUGUAAAAAUACUUUGAUAAAUACCUUGAAAGGAAUGCCUGUAUUUUAACAAGUAAGACUUUAGAAAUACAUCUGUUUAGAAAUUUU